CUCGAGCCAUUGUGUUUCUUGUUAUUUUAUUUGCAGGUUCGGCCCUGUGAAAACGACAAGUAAUAAACUAGCUUUUGGAGGAGAGCAGAAGAUGGCGUUAACCGGGAUCUGACUUGCCAUUGAAAGUUGCCGGAGAGGAAGCUAGAAGAAGCAGUUUUAUGGAAGACGACGGCGAGUCCUUGUGAUGAGAGAAUAAUUCCCCAACAAUGGGUUCACAUGGGUUCUCAAUCGUAGAACAGCUAUUCAACCAUGUGAAAAUGCAAAUGAAACUGAAGUUUUUGAGACUAAAAGGGUCUCCAGAUUCAGUGACCUAUAUCAGCACAUGAAGACUGGGCGGGACAUAUCAAUGGUUGUUGUUGUAAUUGAUAAACUUCCAAGAGAAACCCAGUCGACUUCAAAUGGUGUCCGGUCUAUCAAGGAUUUCAUUGUGGUUGAUGAACUACUGAAACCAGUGCAAUUCACACUUUGGGAUGAGUUGGCGCUAACAAAGGGAGUUGAAAUCUUUGAGGAACUAACUCAAAAAAAGUAUCCUAUAGUGAGCCUAGAAGACAUUAAGGCUACCGACUUCAAAGGGAUAUCUUUGACUUCAAUGUCUCAUUCAACAAUCACUCUGAAUUCCGAUUUGCCUCGUGCUGCAGAAUUGGAGAAAUGG